UCAAACUGAUCAAAUCGAUUUUCAAUGUUAUCAAUAUAGGGUUUUCGAUUGAAUUUUUUGCCAUUGACUCAACGACAGAAACUAUCAGCAAUAAUCCUCAAGGCAACAGAUGAAUGCGGAUGAUAGUUUCAGUAGUUCUUCCGAUGAAUCGUCUUUGAUAGCCACCACACCUCCUCUACAACCACAAUUUGUUUCCGUACAGCCAUCAUCAUCAUCAUCAGUUAAUCAAAAAUCUAAAAAACGAAAUCCAGGUUUAAAUCCAACUUGUAAUCACCGAUUGGCUUCAUUGUCUAAAGAUGACGAUGAUAGUGAUGAAGAAGACGAUUUAUUUCCAUUAAUCGAUUCAAAACAAGAACAACAAACAUUUCGUCUAUCAUUGAAUAAAAAUAAACGUAGUCGUCAAGAAUUUUGGCUUGUCUGUAAGGCAUAUUUUGCCAUAACAUUCCUCAUGACUGCAUUAGUUGCACUAUUUUUUUUAUUUUUUAAUCAUUUAAUUUUAAACUCCAAUGGAUCAACUUCCAUUACCAAUCAACAAAGGCCACAAGAUGAUGACAAUAAUUUGACAAAAUCGAAUUCAUCGAUAUCAACUUAUCAGAUCAAUUUGGAUAUCGAUGAUCAUUUCCAUCUAUUCUGGUCGCCAGAUUAUUUGGACGAAACAAUUUUAUUUGAAUUGAAACUUAAACUAAAAACCAAUUAUGAUUGGUUCGCUUUUGGCUUUUCUGACCAUGGAUCCAUUGCAAAUGCUGAUCUAUGUUUGAUCUGGACAGAUAAACGUCGAAGAUUGCAUUUAGAGGAUGCAAAAACUGAUAAUGAUAGUAUGGUGAUUAUCAAAAAUCAUCACGAUCAUCAAUCAAAUGAUUGUCAAUUCAUCAAAUCUAAACAUGAUCGCCAACAAAAAAUGCUUUAUGUAGCGUUCCGGAGAUAUUUCGAUACAUGUGAUCCUGACGAUUAUCAAAUCGAUAAUGGCACCACUCAUAUGGUCUAUGUUACUGGUCGUGGUCCAUUAUCUCGAUCAGAAGGAUUACAUCUAAUUGAUUAUCAACAUGGAUUUCAGCGAGCACAGCUAUUGAAACCACCUCCUUUAAAUUCGAAGUCGAAAACAAAAAUUAGUGAUGAACAACUUCAAACUUUAGAUUUUUUAGUUGAUAAUGUUACUAUUCCGAAUGUUGAGACAACAUAUUGGUGUACGUUGAUUAAAUUACCCGAAACAUUUAAACAACGAAUUCAUAUCGUACAAUAUGAAGCCAUCAUAAAUGAACAAAAUAAAGAUAUUGUACAUCACAUGGAAUUAUUUCAUUGUGAAGUUGAUGCCAAAAAGAAACUGCCGCCAUGGAAUGGUCUUUGUCACGAUUCAAACAUGCCAGAAUUAUUAGAACAAUGUAAACGAGUUACAGCUGCAUGGGCUUAUGGCGCUGGACCAAUGAUUUAUCCGGAAAAUGUUGGACUACCAGUUGGUGGAGAAAAUUAUUCCCUCUACGCAAUGAUCGAAGUACAUUACAAUAAUCCAGAAAUGAAAGCAGGAUCUGUAGACAAUUCAGGAAUAAGAAUCCAUUAUACUAAAAGAUUACGACCAAUCGAAUCCGGCAUAUUAGAGAUUGGUCUGGAAUAUAUUGAUAAGAAUUCCAUUCCGCCGAACACAUUGAUGGAAUCACGAGGAUAUUGUGUAUCGGAAUGUACGAGGGUUGGUUUACCACCAAAUGGUAUCACUAUUUUUGCAUCCCAAUUACACACUCAUCUGACUGGUGUUGGUACUUGGACUGAACAUGUUCGUGGUGGUAUUCAGCUACCUGAUCUUAAUCGUGACAACCACUAUAGUCCACAUUUCCAAGAGAUACGAAAACUUCCUAAUGGUGGCGUACACGUUUAUCCGGGUGAUGCAUUGAUAAAUGUUUGUCGUUAUGAUACACGAAAACGUACACGUAUGACUUUUGGUGGUUAUGGUAUUUCUGACGAGAUGUGUGUCAAUUACUUACAUUAUUAUCCACGUAGCAAUCUAGAAGUUUGUAAAAGUUCGAUCGAUACCGAUCAUCUGAUGAAAUAUUUUGAAACAAUGCGAAUAAAUGAAAAUCAAAAUACAUCAAUACAUUAUUCUGUUGCAGAUAAUUUUAAUAAUAUUCAUUGGACACCUUAUCGUAUACAAAAAUUGAAUCAACUUUACCAGACGGCACCACUAUCUGUUCAAUGUAAUCAAUCAUCAGGACAAAGAUUUCCGGGUUAUUGGAAUGGAAUCCCGUUGACCACGGUGAUACAGAAACCAAUAGAUCAGGCGAAGAAUGCGACCAAUAAUCGUUGCCGUUGGGUAUUGAAAAAAUUUCAUCCUAUUAAUGGUGAUGAUGAAAAUGAUUUUGACGACGAUGAUGACGAAAGAUUCAUGGAUAAUGAUGAUGAUAGCGAAUAUGAUGAUAAUGACGCCAUGAACACUAUCUGGUAUCGUCGAAGACAACAUCAACGUAGGCUGCAACGUAAAUGGAAGCAAUUGCCAUCGAAAUUGAAACGAUCAGAUUUCAAUGAUCAUUCACAAAUGAUUGUAUGAUCAUUGAUGAUUAUAAUUUAAAUGAUAUCAGAUAUUCAUUCUAAAAACAUUUGAUAUGUUCAAUAAACAACAAAAUUCCAUCAAAUUCGAUUAUCAUUAUAUGAA